AUGCGUGCCUUCUUGAAGGCAUUCUUGAAGGACAAGCCCGAAUGGCCAUAUUGGCCGGUGCUCUCCCUCUUCUUCGCGGACAAUGUCCGCAACCGCCGCUGCUGCGACCGCGAACGCGUGAACCAAGAGGCAGCUGCGCGCAAGGCGGUGCUCCGGGAGUCCCAGCCAGACGAACCACCACCACCACCAAGCCAGAAUUGA